UAUGUUGCGCGACACCACGUGUCCAUUUACGGCAUAACAAGGUCUCCCCUAAUCCUGCCUGGAAGUUGGAGCACAACUAAACUAGUUUGUUGCCUCUUCAACCACACUUUGUGGCUUAGGAUGCUCAGACUAGCAUGGCGUCGCUCAGCGUCCAUAAAUAGCAGCUUGGUGUCUACUCCUCAUGUCACGGCAGCCUUCUGGGACACGACCACUCUUCACAAAAGGAAUUUAGGACAUAAUAUCCGAGUUUUCCAACUGUUUCCUCUCCCACCAAGUUUGGCGUGUACGCAGCUGUCGACUCAUUCUCUCAGAUCCUUUCCCUUUAUGAGCAUGGCAUCAGGAGGCGAAGGGCUGCCGCCCACACCACCUCGACACACAAACAGGCUAUCCAAAGAGAGGUCACCCUACCUUCUACAACAUGCGCACAACCCAGUUGACUGGUAUCCAUGGGGUCAGGAAGCCUUCAACAAGGCACGAAGUGAAGACAAACCAAUAUUUUUAUCAGUGGGCUACUCAACAUGCCACUGGUGCCAUGUUAUGGAGCGGGAAUCUUUCGAGGACGAGGACAUUGGCAAAAUCCUCAAUGACAACUUUGUCUGUAUUAAAGUAGACCGAGAAGAGAGACCAGAUGUUGACAAGGUGUACAUGACCUUCGUACAGGCAACAAGUGGAGGUGGAGGGUGGCCCAUGAGUGUUUGGUUAACUCCUAAUCUGCGUCCUUUCCUCGGAGGCACCUACUUUCCACCCAGAGACCGUGGAAGCAGACCUGGCUUUAAGACAAUCCUCACCAGAAUCAUGGAACAGUGGCAGAAUUAUCGUUCGAACCUGGAGUCCAGUGGGGACAGGAUCCUUGAAGCUCUGAAAAAAGGCACAACUGUGGCUGCAAAAGCAGGUGACAGUCCUCCCUUGGCCCCUGAUGUGGCUUACCGCUGCUUCCAGCAGCUAGCUGGCUCUUAUGAAGAAGAGUAUGGAGGCUUCAGAGAUGCUCCCAAGUUCCCAACGCCAGUGAACCUGAUGUUCCUCAUGUCUUACUGGUCUGUGAAUCGCUCUACCUCAGAGGGUGUCGAGGCGCUCCAGAUGGCAAUGCAUACACUUCGCAUGAUGGCGCUGGGUGGCAUCCAUGACCAUGUUGCACAGGGUUUUCAUCGUUACUCCACAGAUUCUUCUUGGCACGUUCCCCACUUUGAAAAGAUGUUGUAUGACCAGGCCCAACUAGCUGUCGCGUACAUAACUGCUUUCCAGGUAUCAGGUGAGCAGUUUUUUGCAGAUGUGGCCAAAGACAUACUGCUUUAUGUCUCCAGAGACCUCAGUGACCAGUCUGGAGGCUUCUACAGUGCAGAGGAUGCUGACUCUAUCCCAUCAUCAGGGGGCUCGGAAAAGCGUGAGGGGGCUUUUUGCGUCUGGACGGCCUCAGAUAUCCGGCAAUUGCUGUCAGAUGUUGUGGAGGGUGCCACUGGUUCUGCAACGGUGGGCGAUAUUGUCAUGCACCAUUAUGGGGUGAAGGAGCUUGGCAAUGUUGCCCUGGAUCAGGACCCUCACGGGGAGCUACAGGGUCAGAAUGUGCUGAUAGUGCGGUAUUCUACAGAAUUAACAGCUGCACGCUUUGGCAUUAGCCAGGAGAUGGUCAAUGAGCUUUUGGCUUCGGCCAGAGCCAAAAUGGCAGGAGUGAGGAAGAUUCGCCCACGCCCUCAUCUGGACACCAAGAUGCUGGCCUCCUGGAAUGGUCUCAUGCUGUCAGCCUAUUCUCGUGUUGGAGCCGUGCUCGGGGAUAAGGCCCUGUUGGAGAGGGCGGUACUGGCCGGCCACUUCCUUAAAGAGCACCUGUGGGACGCAGGGAUGCAGACCAUUGUGCGAUCAUGUUACCGUGGAGACCAGAUGGAGGUGCAGCAGAUCUCACAGCCUAUUUCUGGCUUCCUGGAUGAUUAUGCUUUCGUUAUUUGCGGCUUGCUGGAUCUCUACGAAGCCACACUGCAGACAGAGUGGCUGCAGUGGGCAGAAGAGCUGCAGCUCAGGCAGGACGCGCUGUUCUGGGACGCGCUUGGUGGAGGCUACUUCUGCAGUGAUCCCAGUGACAGCGCAGUUCUCCUGCAACUUAAAACAGAUCAGGAUGGUGCCGAGCCUAGUGCCAAUUCUGUCACAGCGUCCAGUCUCCUACGUUUAUCCCAGUACACCGGAAGACAGGAGUGGCUCCAGAGGUCCCAACAACUGCUGGCAGCCUUCUCUGAUCGUCUGACCAAUGUCCCUAUCGCUCUGCCUGAGAUGGUCCGCGCUCUAAUGGCAGAACACUACACGCUCAAACAGAUUGUGAUAUGUGGCCAUAAAGAUUCCUUGGACACCAAAAGUCUUUUAGAAGCAGUCAACUCUCUCUUCUUACCACACAAGGUCUUGAUGCUUGUUGACGCCAGUGCAGACAGUUUCCUCACCCAGCGUCUGCCUGCACUCUCCUCCAUGACCCAGCAGGGUGGCGUGGCCACCGCCUACGUUUGCCAGGACUUUGCCUGCUCACUUCCUGUCACAGACCCCCAGGAACUACGCAGGCUUCUACUGGAUGGACAAGUGGGGAUGCAGGCACAAUAAUCAGUUAAUACCUUUAUUGAAUUGACUCAAAAAGAUUUAAAGACUGAAACUGAGCAGCUCUAGUGAGUAUAGCUAGUUCUGUGCACUUAAAGGCUAAUUCAUUUUGAUUUAGCCAUUAAAUGAUCCAUUCACUUGUUUUGCCUCAAGAUUAGACUUCUAUCUGUAUUGUUGCAAUCAUUCCACCUCAUUAAUUCCUCCUCAUUAAUUCCUCAAAUAUUAGCGUAACCCUACAAGCCAUAAAAUGUCAUUUUGGUACACAAAGCCUGCAAAGAAACAUAAAGAGCAACAGCAUCAGCUCCUUUUUAAAAAUGUAGCGCUUGCGCAAAAUGGUAUGUUGUGACUGUUUGGAAGCAACACACUUUAAAUAGAAUUUAACCUAAGCUUGAACUAAGAUUUUUUUUCUUUCUUCUCAAAGCCCCAUUUAGCUUCCAUGUCGCGUGGAUCUGACGGCGCUUGCCUGCUCGCCGGCGUGCGUGCGUGCGUGUGCGCGUGUGCAUUCAUAUGCGAGUGCAUCCAUUUUUAAAAGUGCAUCAUAUGAAUGUGCGUUUGACUUUAUCUCUAAUCGCGUCACAGCAAGCGAGCUGCUCUUUAAUGAGACCCUUUCUUACCAUCUGUUACCGCAAGCUUGAACUAUACGUGGCUGUGUGAGGUGAACCUUUCACAUUAAUACUCAAAGAUACUUAAAACGAUCAGUUUUGCUGAUGGACAGCAUACUUACACAUGUGAAAAAGGCCAGCAGGAGCUUUUUUCUGGCAUUUAACUGCUACUAAGUAAUGCUGGAUAAUAUAUCCUACCCUUUUUCAACACUUUUCAGACAGGGGAAGUGUGCUGAUUUUUUUUCUUGGAGCAAAUUAUGAAAAUGUGUGUGAUUUCUUCUGACAUUGCAACAUGUUUUAUUGCAAUGUUUUGUUAUUUAAGGAUUCCUGCAGGUAUCGACAAAUCUAAUCGAAUGAUUUUUAAUGUCUUUACAAUGCAACUUAAAACUUGUUAAUGCCCAUAUCGGACUGCAGAUGAUUGUUAUAUAUAGUCAAAAGCAUAAAAUCAUCUGUAUAGACAAAAUUGCAUUUGAUAAUAAUAAUGUUGAAUGGUUGAAAUGCGUACAUUAACUGUGGCCAAAUUAAGCACACAUGUAAUCAAAAGAUAUAAUAACGGUAACACUUUAGUAUGGGGAACAUAUUGUGAGUAACAAAGACUUAAUUUAGAGUUAUUUAGACAGUAAGGGAACAUAUUGUAAGUAACAAAGACUUAAUUCAGAGUUAAUUGGUUAGGGUUAGAGGGUUGAGGUUUGGGUUAGGCCAUGCAGAAUAAGGCAUUAAUAAGUACUUAAUAAUGACUAAUUAAGAGCCAAUAUGUUACUAAUUUGCAUGUUAUUAGGCAACUAAUUAAUGGUCAAUAUGUUCCCCAUACUAAAGUGUUACCAAAAUAACAAUACAAUAAACUUUUUAAACGCAGUGAACAUAUUUUUCAUUACUGUAGUGCUAUUAACCAUUGUAAUUGGAAGGUCAAUAACGUAAUGAUCUGGCUAAAUAGGUAAACAAAUGUAGAUAUAACAUUUACUCUCAAUAUUUGUUAGCAAAAAAUGCAUUUCAGUAAAUAUUAAACAUCUUAGAGUGCAGUUUUACCCCUAAUUGGGAAAAAAUGGGUUGGGUGGUUUGUUUUGUUGUAUUUUUAUGUUGCCAAUUGCAAUCGUAUGAGGUUUUUAAUGCCUAUGGACAUCAAAUGUAAUGUUUUGCAAUGCUGUUCUAGGCCUACAUUUUCGCAAAAUGUAUUUAAUGAGGUAAUGACCCUGUGUUUUUCUCUCCCAGUUUCACUGUGCUUGCUAAAAAAAAAAAAAAAAAACAAGACACAGGCUGCAAAUGGCCCCUGUGCAGGACUUUGGACACCCCUGCACUACACUAUGGUAUCAAUGGAUUAGUCCACACCCUUGUAUUCUAAUGGAACUGCCUGAAUGAAGUAGACUGAUGGACAUAUGGACUAACAUACUUUUAAUAACAGUUUAGUAUUGGCCAAGGUCUGUGCUCAAGGCAGUGACAUAAUACUGUGAGUUUAAUUUAAGAAUGGACAUUACUGUGUACCAAAAUGUAGUUAAUGUUUCUAAUGUAAUAGCUACAGAUAGGAAUGUGCCGAAGAAUUUGUCAGUAUUGGUCGAUUUUUUUGAAAUAGUACGUGAUCAGCCAAUGCCGUUUAAUCCCUUCUGGCUGACAAUAUUUACUUUUUGUCAGCAGCUGACAUGUGGCUAGUGGCUAACUGUGUAUCUACUUACAGUACAUAGUGUGAAGCCGCAAUAAUCACUUCCGAUGCGGCAAAUAAACUGCAUUUUAAUUAAUAUCUUAAAGUGGAAAUGCACUUUUUUUUAAAUGCCAAAUAUUUACAAAUUUUGCUAAUUUUAAGCUUAUGGCAGCGCAUUAUUUCAAAAACAUAUGACAACGUUAACUAUUUUCUUCGACAACAUUACUGAAUACUACUCACUGCAGACUUCAUGAGAGGAAACAAACAAAAUAAAAAUGUUGAUAUGUUCCCGUUGCAAUGAAGAAUGACUCAUAAUCCUUGCAAAGAAAAAAAGGGGGUCCAACCAAUUGUCUUUUUGUGUCUUUCUUGCCAUUCCCGGGUCUAAAUUGGAUACCAGAGUUGACCAACUUGUCGGAUUAUGUCCUCGUCCUCCUACUGUCAAAGUGAGAGGCAUUAUUUAUGAUCUAAAACAAACUUUCACAAGCUCCAAGGCAAAAAGCUGCCCACCAACUGAUCUCUGGUCAUAUGUUUAAUUCCACAAAAUCAUGUAGUUGUUGUUUUUGUUCAUGUUUACAAAUUCAGAGAAUAAUUCACUUGAAACAGGAGGACAAAAACCAAAGGAUUUAAAUUAGAAGCACAUAGAAUUUUUUGCUUAGUUAUUGCGUUGACCAUGUUUUGCUUAAAGGAAUCAUAUUAGGAUUUGUUUUCUACAUGUGAACACUUCCUUGUAGUCUACAUAACAUGUAAUGUGAUCCUAAGGUCGAAAUUUUGCAUAGAUUAUGUUUUACUGACCAUCUUUAAGCCGCUUUCUGACCGUCUCUUCAGGAUGCACCAUUUUGUGUGCGGUCUUAUGUGCCUGCAUUUCAACUGCGUCUUCUCCCUGUCAGCCAUGUUGUAGUUUUUGCGCUUUUGUAGCGAGUCGCCCGACAGACAUAAGUCAAAUAUAUAUAAGUCAAAACAAUAUGGUAUGUACUCACGCAGAGCUCUUUGGGUAAACCUCUACCCUAUGUAGCGAUAUCUGCUGAUGUAACAAAGACAUAAUACAUCUCUUAAGUCUCAAAUUCCUAACGGUUCAUCUAGAGCACAGAUGUCAAAAAUGCGCCCCGCGGAGCGGAUCAGGCCUGCGAGAUGAGUUUGCAAAGUGUAGAAUUGAGCUGCAUUUUUAAUUUUUAAAUUAAAGAAACUGCUGUUCUAAACGUGUCCACUGGAUAUCGCAAUAGCAAUUCUGUUAGGCAAGUAAAUAGUUAAAGGACAGCCCCAGAAUAUGAGUUAUGAGUUAAAAUUCCUCACAUGAAUCAACAGACCAUACAAAAUAACGAAUAUACCUUUAGGGUGUAGGCUCAACCAGUGCCACAUUUGGUAGAUAUCUUUGGGUGACUGUCAAGCACGUGUGUGCAAUAUUUUAGCAAGAUUUGUUGAUAAACAUUGGCCCCCUUCAAGCAAAACAUUGUUGCGAAACCUGGCAACCAAUUGUAAGUAAUAGAUUGUUUAAUAAGUUAUGUGUUCCAAAGCACAAGUGGGACUUUAAAACAAAUGAGAGUAAAACAAACACUUAAAAUGC